AUGGAUCAAGAGACGCUCAAUAUCAAAAUACCUAAAACAUCAGAGAAAACCAGGAGGAAGAAGAAGACGAAUACAGAUCACAAGAAGAAGAUGAAAGAAGAGAAAUGGAAGAGACAUUUAAUCAGAACCAGGAUGGUUUUCCCGGUUAAGAAGAUGACUUCAGUGAUUUCCGGUGUCUUCAGUCGCAAGAAAACACUUGCAGGUGAAAACAGAGGAAAGAGAGAUGGUUCUUCAGAAGAGAUUACUGAAGCUGAUGAGACCUUGUCUGUUGGUAAAGCUAAACCCAAGCAAAACCUACUUCAGAAGAAGGAGAGUUUUUGGGAAAGCGCAAGAGUUCGACUGAAGAUACUCAUCUUAGGGCGAAGAUUAAGAACGAGAAAAAGAAGAAGAAGAAGGAGAAGAAGGCUAAAUGAGGGUAUUGGAGAAGAUGAGCUGUGCAAGAAGAGGAUACUUAUGGGUGAAAGGUGCAAACCGAUAAACCGGUCAGGGAUUUUGCAGUAUGAUGGUGAUGGCAUCCUCCUACCCGAGCCAUGA